AUGGAUAGAAUUCCUUGUGCGAUUAAAGAUGGUGUAAAGAAAGGGCCAUGGACGCUAGAAGAGGAUAUCAUCUUGGCUUCCUACAUCCAAGAGCAUGGAUCAGGGAAUUGGAGCUCUGUUCUUUCUAAUACUGGUCUACUCAGAUGUAACAAAAGUUGUAGGCUUAGAUGGAAUAAUUAUCUUCGACCUGGCAUCAAACGUGGUAACUUCACUGAAAGUGAAGAGAAAACAAUAAUUCAUCUUCAAGCUCUUCUUGGUAACAGGUGGGCUGCAAUAGCAUGCUUUCUUCCUGAGAGAACAAAUAAUGAUAUCAAGAAUUACUGGAACACCCACCUUAAGAAGAAGCUGAUGAAAAGCCAUGUAGGCCAUAGCCAUGAUGGUUCCUCAUCUUCAAGGUUCAUACCCAAAGGCCAACAGGAGGGAAGGCUUGAAACUAACAACAAUGGGGAAAAUCAAACUCUGAACAAAGUUUUAUCCUUGAAGAAAGAAAGCAGUUUCCUCCAGAAAAAAACAUCUAAUUACUCAGCCCAAUCCUCCACCACCUAUCCAUUUAAUAUUGGGCAUAUAGAUAGGUUGCUCAAAAACUGGAUGAAUGAGACACCAAAGCCAUCUAAAAUACUCUCACAAAGGACUUCCCAAGGCUCCAUCACAAAUGCUUUCACUAUAGGUUCACCAAGCAUUAGUCAAGCCACUUUUACUGCAGGAACAUCUAGCACUGGAAAAGGAACAAUAAAUGUGGCAAUGGCGACUACAGAGGCAAUAAGCUUUCACUCCCUUUUUGGCUUUAACUUUUUCAACUCUGAUGCAUCGAAUCGUCUUGUGAUCAAGAAGGCUACUACAAGCAACAUACCUAUGACUAAGCUCCAUCAAGUUGAGAAAAAGCCAAAAUUCAAUCGAGGUCCUCUAUCAGAGUUUAAGAAAAGUCUUAUGGAUGACGGUGUUGGUGAAAGGCAAGCUGAUUUGAUGGACAUGUAG